UACAAGUACUAUAAAAAUAGAAAGCCUUGGGCUAGCUGUCACAACACCACCUCAAAUCACAGCAAAUUAGCCAAGGAAGAAGUGAUCACAAUAUGGCAACUGCAGCAGCUGGUAGAGGAGCACAGUCCAUGAACUCUAUGUAUUUCAAGCCUAUCCUACGCAAAGCCUAUCACAGAAAAAGCACUUCUCCAGACAUUAUUAGUGAUACGGUUAAACUUAAUGCGGAGGAAGUGAAGAGCAAAGGUACUGUCAUGAAAAAUCAUAAUGAUGAUAAUUGGUGGGUACCUGAUGAUCGGACUGGAAUAUUUUACCCAAAGGGUCAAGAGAAAGUUAUAGAAGAUGUUCCCUCUGCUGCAGGAAAGCGUACUUACGGAGACAUUAAUUGGUUCUCUAACCAUGAAGAUUGUCUAUAAUAAAUUCCUAUUGAUAAUGUAAACUAAUUUGGUUGUCUAAAAUGUUAUUCUCGAAUUUGUAUCCACCCAUUGUUGAAGUUGCUUUGUUUUAUAAAGAAUGUCUUUUUUUUUUACCCCACUUCA